CGCAGCGCUUCCGCCAUGGCGGCCCUCGCCGGAAGCGGCGGUGGCGGGCAGCCAAUGGGCGGGCGGGGGCGGGGCGCCGGGCGCAGUAUGGCGGCGCCGGGGGCACUGGGGCGCCUGUGGAGGUUGGCGCUGCGCAGCCGGACAAGGUACCGCACCGCGCCGGGGCCGCUUGGUCCCCUGGGCUCAUCGGAGGGUGUGGUGUGUCCAGGCUGCUGGUGUCCCGCCCCGCUGUGCCCAGGCCGAGCGCUGCCGAGGCUCCCGCCGGGUCCUGCCUGUGCAGUUGCCCGCCCGCUGCGGUGGGCAUCGUCCUCCUCCCAGCCGGGCCCCACGGAGAGCGACCCCGGUGACGGACAGGUCUUCCUCAGCGAGAGCUGCGUGAAGAGGCUGCUGGAGAUCACAGAAGGUUCAGAGUUUCUUAGGCUGCAGGUGGAAGGAGGUGGCUGCUCUGGAUUCCAGUACAAGUUUUCCUUGGAUACAGUUAUCAACCCUGAUGACAGGGUGUUUGAACAAGGUGGUGCACGUGUGGUCGUGGAUGUGGACAGCCUGGCCUUUGUGAAAGGUUCCAUGGUGGACUUCAGCCAAGAGCUGAUUCGCAGCUCCUUCCAAGUGGUGAGCAACCCUCAGGCAGAGAAGGGCUGCUCAUGUGGGACUUCAUUCUCUGUCAAAUUCUGACUGGACUUCCUAUGGAUGGACACUGUCUGCAGACACUUCCUGGCAAUCUUCAGAAAGUUUUUGCUUGUUCUUUUUCCAUCUGCUCCCUUUCAUCUCCCUUACCCUGUAAUACAGCUGUUAAAAGUGACUCAGGCUCCAGGCAAACACACGUACAGCUGAUCUCCAAGCCUUGUUGGCUCUUCCUUCAGAAACAUGAAGUAGCCAUGAGCACGCACAUUGGAGCAUCUUCAGCACCUUGUAAACCACCAGCCAGGUGGUGCUGACUGUCCUACCCUGUCUGGAACGUGGAGCCACUUAUCACUUGUCUCUGGAAGAGAUGGCUGUAUCUAUGUGUAUGUGUUUAUUGAAAGUUGUUACUAAAAACAAGCCUUUGAGGUUGAUCAGUACUGCUCCUGCAUUCCCAUGUGGGUAGAAUUUGGGUUCUUUCAGGCUACUGUUGCUUAUCUCUUGUCUUCCAGCUGAGUGGGACUCAGAGUCUCUCUUCCAUACACCUCUCAGUGUUGUUGGUUCUCCACUCCCCAACUCAGUGGGCUUUUCCAGAUACUUUGCUGUUCUCUUAUCCAGCAGUCUUAUUUGCGUCCCAGAAACCUACAGUGCUUUUGCUGGGGUGAAAGAUUUUACUUGUUCAGAGUAAGUGAAGCUGAAAAAGUGCAGUAGGAAGAAUUAAUGGUGUAUUUCUUCUAUUUAAAAAAAAGAAAAAGCUUUUGUGUGUUUAUGUAUAUAAAUAAAUAAAGUGCACGGCCCUCCCA